ACAAGGCCAUAGUUUCACUUUCACUCAAACGAAGGAUUCAUUUUCACCCAACGCAACGAUGGCGGAGCAGAAGCUAAAACACUCCCAGUUCAGGGGUCAGCCGAGGCUCCCCAAAUUCGCUAUACCCAAACGCUACGAUCUCAAACUCAAGCCCGAUCUCACCGCAUUUAAAUUCGCCGGCGCCGUUCAGAUUUCCGUCGACGUCGUCUCCGACACCAAGUUCCUCGUCCUCAAUGCCGCCGAACUCUCCAUUAAACCUAAUUCCAUUUCCUUCGCGUCUCAUAAUAAGGUGCUGGAAUCUGUGGAAAUAGAGUUAUAUGAGGAGGAUGAGAUAGUGGUGGUGGAAUUUAAGGAGAGUUUGCCAAUUGGUACUGGGGUUUUGAACAUGGAAUUUGAGGGGACCCUAAAUGAUAGAAUGAAGGGUUUCUACAGAAGCACCUAUGAACACGAUGGUCAGAAGAAAACCAUGGCUGUGACACAGUUUGAGCCAGCUGAUGCAAGGAGAUGCUUUCCGUGUUGGGAUGAGCCUGCUUGCAAGGCCACUUUCAAGAUUACAUUAGAAGUACCAUCAGAACUGGUAGCUCUUUCCAACAUGCCAGUCAUUGAAGAAAAACUAAAUGGGGAUCUCAAGACAGUUUACUAUCAAGAAUCACCAAUCAUGUCCACUUACUUGGUGGCGGUUGUUGUUGGCCUGUUUGACUAUGUUGAAGAUCGUACACCUGAUGGGAUUAUUGUCAGGGUGUAUUGUCAGGUCGGCAAGGCUGGUCAAGGGAAAUUUGCCCUGGAUGUUGCUGUCAAGACACUUGGCCUUUAUAAAGAAUACUUUGAGGUGCCAUAUUCACUUCCUAAAUUGGACAUGAUUGCAAUUCCUGAUUUUGCUGCUGGGGCCAUGGAGAAUUAUGGUCUUGUUACAUAUCGCGAAACAGCUUUGCUUUAUGAUGAUAAGCACUCUGCAGCUGCAAACAAACAGAGGGUUGCUGUUGUUGUAGCCCAUGAACUAGCACACCAGUGGUUUGGCAAUCUUGUGACAAUGGAAUGGUGGACACAUUUGUGGCUGAAUGAGGGAUUUGCUACAUGGGUGAGCUAUUUAGCUGUUGAUAGCUUGUUCCCAGAUUGGAAAAUUUGGACUCAGUUUCUUGAUGAAAGUACAGAGGGGCUUCGAUUGGAUGGGCUUGCAGAAUCUCACCCCAUUGAGGUGGAUAUCAAUCAUGCUGGUGAAAUUGAUGAAAUUUUUGAUGCAAUCAGUUAUAGGAAGGGUGCAUCUGUCAUCCGUAUGCUACAAAGCUAUCUUGGGGCAGAAUGUUUUCAGAGGGCGCUUGCUUCUUACAUCAAAAGACAUGCUUGCUCAAAUGCAAAGACCGAAGAUUUAUGGUCAGUUCUUCAGGAAGAAUCUGGUGAACCUGUCAACAAGCUAAUGAACUCUUGGACAAAACAGAAAGGGUAUCCUGUUGUCUCAGUGCAAGUCAAAGACCAAACUUUGGAGUUUGAGCAGUCACAAUUUUUGUUGAGUGGUUCUACUGGUGAAGGGCAAUGGAUUGUUCCAAUAACUCUGUGUAUUGGCUCUUAUGAUUCUCGUAAAAGUUUCUUGCUGCAAACAAAAAGUGAUGCUCUUGAUGUUAAGGAACUUUUGGGUGCCUCGGUUUCAUCCAGCCACCCUUGGAUUAAAGUUAAUGUGGACCAGACUGGUUUCUUUCGGGUUAAAUAUGAUGAGGAUCUAUCAGCUAGACUGAGGGAUGCAAUAGAGAGAAAGUGCUUGUCAGUCGGUGAUAAAUAUGGAAUAUUGGACGACUAUUAUUCGUUGUCCAUGGCAUGCCAGCAGUCCUUGACCUCUUUGCUUGCUUUGAUGGGUGCUUACAGAGAGGAGGUUGAAUACACAGUUUUAUCCAACUUGAUCAGUAUAGCUUAUAAAGUGGCAAGAAUCGUGGCUGAUGCUGCACCUGAAUUGCUCGAUAACGUCAAGCUGUUGUUCAUCAAUCUUUUCCAGCAUUCUGCUGAGAGACUUGGGUGGGAUCCUAAACAAGGGGAGAGCCACCUUGAUGCCAUGUUAAGGGGGGAGCUGUUAACAGCAUUGGCUUCAUUUGGGCAUGAGAUGACAAUAAAUGAAGCAAGCAGGCGCUUCCGCAUAUUUUUGGACGACAGAAAUACCCUUGUUCUUCCUCCUGAUUUGAGAAGGGCAGUAUACGUUGCUGUAAUGCAGAAUGUGAAUAAAUCAAACAGAUCUGGCUACGAAUCUCUUCUUAGAGUUUAUAGAGAAAGUGACCUCAGCCAGGAGAAAACACGAAUAUUAGGUUCAUUAUGUUCAUGCAGGGAUCCUGAGAUUAUUCAUGAAUUUUUGAACUUCUUGUUAUCUUCCGAGGUUAGGAGCCAAGAUGCUGUUUUUGGACUGUCUGUUAGUAGGGAAGCUCGUGAGACAGCAUGGAAUUGGUUGAAAGUAAAUUGGGACCAGAUCUGCAAAACUUACGGGGCUGGAUUCCUAAUAACUCGCUUCAUCAGUGCAAUUGUGUCUCCGUUCUCUUCUUAUGAAAAGGCGGCAGAAAUAGAGCAGUUCUUUGCUAGUCGCAUGAAGCCCUAUAUCGCAAGGACCUUGAAGCAGAGCAUCGAAAGGUUGCAUAUCAAUGCCGCCUGGGUCAAAAGCAUUCGAAAUGAGAAACAUCUUGCUGAUGCUGUAACGGAGCUAGCCUUCAGGAAAUACUAGAAACUUAUUUAUUUGGACUGGGUGGGUGUGGAUGUCCUUUUGAUUUUUAUGGAAUAAAUUAUAAUUAAAAGAAGGAUUCUGAGUGGACUACACUAAUUCAGAUUUGGUUUAAGUUGAUGUUUGGCUGUUUUCGACCUGUGUGUUAUAAACCAAUAAUUUCUUACUUA